AUGAAAUUAGUAUUUAUUAUAUUAUUUAUAUUAUAUUAUAUAAUCAAGGAACAUUUUCAUUGUUCAUCAAUAACUCCUUUAUGUUCAUUAGAUUCUAAUCAAAUUAAUAUAAUUCAUAGUUAUAUUAUUUUAAAUAAAACAGAAUAUUUUUGUAAAGCGAAUCAAUUAUGUGCUGAUUAUGGUAAAAAAACAAAUCAAAUCUCUUAUCUGAUUGGUCAAAAUUAUAAAAAUGCAAUGAAAUGUUUUCCAAAUCAUUCAUUUUGGACUAAAAUAAAUCAAAUAAAUUUUUUACUAUUAAAAAAUAAUAAUUUAAGUAAUUAUUGGAUAGAUGGAUUAUCUAGAUCAUAUUUAAUGAAUGAAUUAGAAUCAAAUUUACCUUCUUUUUAUGAAAAUAAAUCUUUAUCUAAUGGAAAAUAUAUUGCAUUUUAUAAUCAUUUAGAUGAUAAAUUACAAACUACUUUAACAAAUAGAACUAAUGAAAUUGAUGUAGUUUGUGAAAUAGAACAAAAUGUUAUAAAUAAUAAAAUUAGUAAUAAUCAAAAUGAUAAUCAUUUUAUUCAAUUAAAACAAUUUCAAAAAUGUUCGAAUGUAAAUACCGAAGAAUUAUUAUCACCACAUGAAGAUUUUGAUGGAUGUUAUUCACAAAAUAGAGAAUCAAAUUUACAAUAUUGUGCUUAUAGUUGUGUAAAGGAUGAAUACUGUACACGUUUCUAUUAUAACAAUAUAACAAAUGAUUGUAUUGUUACACAAUAUAUCGUAUCUCUAAUUCCAUCUUAUCAUCCACACAAAGGAAAAGAAUGGGAUUGUUAUUCAUUGAAUGUUGAUAAUUAA